UAUAAAAAGAUCGCGGCAAAGUUUUUAGUGUUCCUUUUAUGGUAUUAUUUUAUUCGUACCUAAUUGGAAGCUCUGUACAAAUUGAAUUGCUCGAUUGUUGCUAGUUACGUAAAAAUGCAUCGGUUGAAAAGUAAUGAAAUGGUAGCUACGUUUAUCUUGUAUAUUGCAUCGAUGGAAAUUUUAACGAUUUCGAUAGCGAUCGAUCCCGAUUUUGAACGAGCCAUUCCACCGACGCCAAAGUUUCAAGGCACAUUUGACGAAAGUCAUGCGCACGAAAUCAUCGCGGAUCGUGUCAGAUCUUGGACGGAACAAGAGAAACAGCAUCUUUGGGAACUGAGCGGUUUGUACGAAGGGGACAUAAUGUUGGUCGAAGGAAAAGAUUUAUCGAAGAACGGACUGGUGAAUAACGCGUUUCGUUGGCCUGCAGGAAUCGUACCUUAUUACAUCAAGGAAGAAGAUUUCGAUCAAGAGGAUAUCGAUUUGAUCGAAGCCGCCAUAAAGGAAUAUCAUGAGAGUACUUGCAUACGUUUUCGUCCUUUUAAGAAAACCGACAACGAUUACAUUAGUAUAGAAGGAAAAAUGUCGGGUUGUUGGUCGUUGGUUGGACGACACGUUCGUGGACAGGUAGUGAAUCUACAAAAUCCGGGCUGCGUAAAACACGGUGUGAUCGUUCACGAGUUGAUGCACGCGGUCGGAUUUUAUCAUCAACAGAGUGCCGCGGAUCGUGACGAAUGGGUAACGAUCAAUUGGGAAAACGUAAAACCAGGUAAAGAGCACAAUUUCAACAAAUAUGAUAACCGUACCGUCACGGAUUAUGGAAUCGGCUACGAUUACACGAGUGUGAUGCAUUACAGUUCUCAUGCGUUCUCGAAAAACGGCGAACCAACUAUUACACCAAAAGUAAAAGAAAGAAAUCAAACUUGGACAGCGAAAAGGACUCAGUGGAAAGGAUAUAUUAAAGUUGCAAGAAAUGUAUAAAAAGGAAUGCGGUGAUCGAGAUGGCGAAGGAACGACAGGUAACGACGACUCAUCGGACGACAUAUCCAUCGACUGGAUAUUUCAUUAGUUGUAAAAUAUCCAAUGGAUGAAAUGUGGUUGAAUUUGCGGAAAUGACAACAUAAAAAUGAUGAAAAAAAUAAAUUUCAUAUUUUCAUUCCGUUA